UCCAGGGUAUUCAUCCCCUCAAAGAAGUGUACGCCUAGAGUUGGCAGAGGUAUAAUAGCACGGUGAAUGACGAGGAGACGACAGUUAUCGCCUGUUUGAGCUUCAGUUCACCAGUGCCAAAAGAGGGCAGGACAGGAUGGCCAAAAGACUGAAGAACUCGUGUCUGGCAUUGCUGGCGAUCAUCGUCGUGGCGGAGUGUGUUCCCACUUCUGUACUCGUGGACACCACCAAAGAUUCCAGCAAGACAGUGAAGAGAUCUCCGGAAGGUCUCAAAUCGAUUUCAACAUCAAAGGAGGAAAGCACACAGGGAGUCCCCGAUGGGGUGGAGAAGAUGCCACAGAAGCGUGGUGUUGUCGCUCAAAACUUACCAGCAUCCUCAUAUGGAUACCCCAGUGAAUAUCCGGUCGGUGGUGUGGCGAACGGCGUGUGGGUGGAUGAGCCCGCUCUUGGUCUCUAUCAAGAUUGGGAUGACAUCUAUGAAUCGGCCAAUCGACAUGGUGCUGCUUAUGACAAUCUCCAGAACAUCCUCAACUCCCAGUAUUACACGGAGCCUGUGGCACUUCCCCUCGAGUACUCCUACAAGUAUUACGCUGAUCGCAAGAAGCGCUCCAGUGACAAGAAACACCCCAAAAGACGCACAGUCAUGAGGCCGAAACGCCACUCUAAAUUGAGUCCAACUGAAGUCAUGGCUCUUGCUUCCCUGUUCGAAGGCUCAGAACGCGAUCCUCGCGAUCGCUUCUACGAACCGGACGUCCUCGAGCCUGCCGGAUAUCCGCCCUAUGCUCAAUUCACUGGACCAAUUGUCGAUGAGAACGAGCGCGAAGACUGGUUCAACAACUGGUCAGAUGCCCCAGUUGAGUAUCUUCCUCCGUACGCCAUUGAGUCCGUGCCACGCUACGAGGUUUACCGAGAAGCCCCAACUGGACGCUUUGGCAACCGAGGCUUCCCAGCAAAGCGCUUCAUGGUGUCUAAGAAGAAGUUGCACAACCCAGAGGAAGGGAAUUCCCACAAAUAUUUUUAAAACAUAAACAUGAAUAAUAUAUAGCAGAAGAAAAGCAAAGCACACACACAUACUGAAGAAUUACCUACUUAAAGUGUAAAUGUGACCCAAACGACAAAUUCCUGGCGAUUAAUGUUGAUCCCCGAUCUUCUCCCCAAAUUUCUCCCCCAAAAAAAGAAAAGAAAAGAAACCCCUCCCAAUUAUGGCCAACACUCAUGAGAAAGGGUGACAAGAAGGAAUUAUUAUUUUUGUAAAAGAUCCCAUCUUUCAUCUCAAUGGUGGGUGCAAAAUGGAUUAAAUGUAAUUAUAUCAUCAACAUUGGACGAAUAUCAGUGUGUUAAAAGCAUCUAUGUUGAAUAAAU